AUUUCCCGACUUAAAAUAGUACAUUUUGAAAAUCAACCUGCAGUCACGCUGAGAUCAACAGCGGACGCAGAAAAAAUAACAAAGGUGCAGGAAAUUGAAUUUACAAUCGUUAAAUGGACACCGACGAAGUAAAACGCGGUCGUGGACGUGGUCGUGGCUCAAGGGCACGCGGACGAGGUCGCGGUCGUGGUCGUGGACGCGGAAAAAAAAGUGAUGACACCAGCAAUACAAUUGAAACAUACGAAAGCGGUGGCGUUGGCGGUGUUAAUGUCGCUCUCGCCGUGGCAAACAGCAAUGGAGCAGCCAUGGAGGACAGUCCUAGCAGCUUGGAGCGUGUUGAUGAUGUGGUGAUGCAAGAUAUUGACAAGGAGAACGAAGUGGAGAUGCCAGCAGUUGAGCAAGAGCAAGCGACGCCCAUUGACAAUAUGACGCCACCACUGACGCUGCCACCGCCACAGCAGGUAGCACCACUUCCGCCGCCGCCUGUUUUGACCCAAACAAUUGAUAUGGAAGCAGACAUUUCGCAACUGGAAGCUCCAACCUUCACCACAUUGUCGCGCGGGCCGCCCGAACCAAUGCUGCGUCUUAAGUGGAACCACAAAGUCAGCCUGAUCGGUGAAAAGGUGCUCAAUCCGAUGAUUCACUGCUGCGAUCAGUGUGAUAAACCCAUACUUGUCUAUGGUCGCAUGAUACCCUGCAAGCAUGUCUUCUGCCUCAAAUGCGCUCGCGUUGAGCCCAUCAAGAGCUGCCCGCGAUGUAACGACAAGGUUUUGCGCGUGGAACAGUCAGGUCUGGGCACAGUGUUCAUGUGCACACAUGGAGGCAGUCGUUAUGGCAGCACUGGGUGUCGUCGCACCUAUUUAUCACAGCGAGAUUUGCAGGCGCACAUUAAUCACAGGCAUGUGGCACAGCCGCCAUUAACACCUGCUGGGGGCGCUAUCUCGGGCGUUGAGUCUAAGCUAACGGAAAUGAGCGGCCUGGAGUUGCUAAAGCAACGCAAGCUCUCUGAGUCCUCAGCCGCCGCCUCGUCCGUCGCUGCCGUACUCAUGCAGCAGCAACGCUCAACGGCUCGCGGAUCGUUAGCUAAUAGUAUUGGCUCUAUACCACCUCCAGGUUCUUCAGAUCGCAGCACCUCUCACACGCACUCGUCUCUGACCCAGGCGAAUCUAGCACGCAUCAAUAAUGCCAAUGCCCAGGACUGUCAUCAAGGCAAGGCUUCUCUGCAUCAGAGCCUGAAGAAGGCAAACCAUAAAUCGGAGUCUGUGGCAGAUGCUUCUUAUUACAGCAGUGUUCUGGCUUCGUUUGGUGGUAAUUCAACAGGUACUGCAGGUACAGCAGGACCAACGACAGGAUCAAGUGGUACAGUUGGCGGUGGUGUUAACGUAGUCGGAUCUGGAGCCGCAGGUAGCAAUUCCGCGAAUAUGGGAAAUCCUUCACAGAUGCCUGGCGGCUAUGAGCCAGGCAGUUCGGCAAGCAGUAACUGGCAGCAAUCGCAAUAUUAUAGAUAAAAAUACAGAUACACAUAAUGGUCAACGUCUACACUAAUGACUUUUGUACAAAUAAAAAGUUGUAUAGAAAAAGUAAUUUUUGUGUAUAUAAAAUGGAUCAUUCAAAUGCCCGCGGUACUGUCGUUAUCGAUGAUAUCGAUAACAUUCAGUAAUCAUGGUAA